AUGAUUCAGACAUAUUUGGCUACAUUUGAGGCAAACUUCAAAAAAGAAGGACAAAUAUAUCUGACUUCAGCUGUCAUUGAAGCUAUGGGGUGCGAGUACCUUGCAGAGGAAUCAAAAUUGCUUAUUGUCAGCUCGAAGAGAAGUUUAAAGCCGAUGGGUCGUGACAUGAAAGCCUUCAAUGCUUUAUUAACUAUUCGUCAGUUACAGCAUUACCCAGAAAAACAUGUAUCGAGAGAAAAUUUAGACAUGGUUCAUCUUCGGAUCAAUAUCUUCACUGUUCUUGUAAUGAUCGGUUUUUCUAUCUACCCCGUAUCUGUACCUGGUACUUCAUCGAAAUCAGUUAAAGGCCGGUUUUGGUUGCUGCCCAUCUCUUCAGAAAAAAGAUACGAAAACUCUGGCACGAAGCAAAAUGUGUCUAAUUUUUUGGAAGAAACUGUUCGAUUUGCCUUUACCGCUAACAUAGACAGCACAUGCGACACAAAAGGAAUUUACUUAUUUGUGGAUGAAUUAAUAAUGCAGAUUGUGGCAAGCCGCUUCAAGAAGCGCGUCUGCCUGAAAAUGCGCCCUCACGAGCACGUACCCAGCCUGCUGAACGGCAGCGCCGACGUGAGCAUUUACGCCGAGUGGCAGAUGCUGCCCCCUCCGAAGCCGGUGGACUACCUCUACCCGCACGCACGCGACGACAUGUGUCUGAUGGUGAAGCGGCGGCGGCGCGAACAGCAGAGCAUCCUGCAGGCUUUCUCCGCCGCCACCUGGAGCGCCACUGGCGCCACCCUCGCCGCCUUCGCAAGAGAGAGAGAGAGGGGGGAGAGGGGAAAGGGGGAGAGGAAGAGAGGGAGAGAGAAUGUAACCUCUCUUCUCUCCAUUCAAGACGAUUUGAGUCGCCUGCAGCGGCGGAUGCUUCGAUAA